AUGCCUCCUGCUGCCACUGAUAGCGCCGCCGCUCCUGUCUUGAGCACAAUGCCGGCCGAUGAUUUUAGCUGGCAGAUCACUCUUGGUAAGAAGGUCGUCGCUAUCACCGGUGCCAACCGUGGAAUUGGUCUUGGAAUCGCAGAGGUUUGCCUGGCAAACUCGGCCAAUCUGGUCUACUCGCUCGACCUAAUGGAGCCCGGCGAGGAAUUUGCCGCCCUGAAGAAGCGUUACCCCAACUUCCACUUCAUUCAAACAGACGUGACUUCGGAGGAUAGUGUUGAGAAGGCCAUCAGCCAGGUCGUCGAGCAGUCCGGCCGUAUUGACGGUCUUGUUGCCAAUGCUGGCAUGACCAAGCACCAGCCAGCACUCGAUUUUGACCGACCUGAAUUGGAGAAAUUGUUCAACCUCAAUGUCUUCGGCGCCUACUUCUGCGCCCAGGUUGCUGCUCGCAAGUUCAUCGAGCUUGGUAUCAAGGGCUCCAUCGUGAUGACCUCGAGCAUGACCUCUUACCGACCAAACCGAGCUGCUCCUUCUGCUCCAUACGGUGCCACCAAGGCUGCCGUUCGCAACAUGUGCCACACUCUCGCCAUGGAAUGGAGCAAGCACGGUAUUCGCGUCAACAGCAUCUCCCCUGGUUUCGUGCGGACGGCAAUGACUUACUACGUGGAGAAGUCCCCCGAUUGGGAUCUAAAGAUGCAAUACUACGGCGGCAUGCCUCGUCUGGCGGAUCCUCGUGAGCUGGGAGGUGCCUACGUGUAUCUCCUGAGCGACGCCAGUUCCUAUACAACCGGUAUCGACAUUCCAAUUGCGGGUAUUGUCGGGGCUUGGUAA